AUGCAGCCAGCAAAUAUUUCAAUUUUCUGUUUAAUGCUAUUUUUGAAUGCACUGCUUUUCAGCGCUUUUCCUGUGCACAGUGACAAAUGGACCAACGAUGACAUGGACGUCUUAAAGGUGCUUCUUCAACAACUGGAAGAGUCCAUUCCUGAAACAGGAGAGAUCACGCCGUAUCAGGCCCAGAUGUCAGAGAACUCUUAUGCGAAGCAAAGCAGCGAUGAGCCUCAAGACACAAUUGACCAAGCCAAAAAGUUUCUGUCGGCCAAGGAUCUGAAAGCUGUCCGUAGCAACUCCUCAUCAAAGAGAUAUUCUGGGUGCUUUGGUCGUAAAAUGGACCGAAUCGGUUCCGUGACCAACCUAGGAUGCAAGACCUUGGGCAAAAAUAGUAAGUCUGCAAUUGAACAUUUAUGGCAAUGA